UCAUGAAAGGUUGAGUCGCUGAGUGGGGUCCUCUGUCCCAUCGUCUCUUAUAACAGGGAGAUUGAAGUUGAAGGCGGUUGGCCAAAAUGCCAGAGGAGAUGGCGGACGGUGGGAGGAAGCUUGUGACUCUCGAUGACCUCAUCGAUGCCCUGGACAUGCGUGAGAGGGCGCCGAGCAACGUCCCAAAGGUCGAGACAUUCCACUUCAAAGGGGAUCGGGUAUCUGAUUGGUUGGAUCUGACGGAGCAGGCGCUGGUGGGACUGUCAGAUGAGGUCAAGCUCCAGCGGGUCCUGAGGAAGAAGCACGCAGUCCGGCUGGAGGAAGGCUUUGACGUGGAGCGAAUGGUGGAUAAGCUCCUAGAGGGCCAUGACGAUCUGAUGAACUUAAAGGACAUUUUGGCCUCAACACCAAGGCUCCGGGGCGAGCUGAAAGGGCGGCUAUCGCGAAGGGCGCGAACGUGCUUCUUCGUUAUGCCCGACGUCGACCACCCUAUUCUUCUGGGGAGGUCGUUCCUCUGCCGAACAGAGAUCUUGGUCUUCAAUAGGCAUGAGGGGACGAUGAUCCUGGCUCUAUCUGAUCCGACUUGCGGAAACUACGAAAUCAUCAAGUGCCGGAGCACAGGGCCCGGAAGUGCGAGGAAUAGGCUCAACCUCGGCUCCUUUACCUUCGAGGAGUCGGAGUACGAGCGGCGGAGACUCCGGGAGGAACAGGAGAGGGAAGGAGCAGGCGAGGUGCUGUCCCUGAGCCUUAAUGAUGUGAAUAAGGCAAUGGAGGUGGUGGCGACGCGCAAUAUGGCGGACCCGGAAGCCAUAAAGGCAUUGAGGGAGCAGGCAGGGCCGUGCCGCAUCAAUAAGGAGAAUGAGGAAGGGUUGAUAAUUGGCGAGCCUGGCUUCCUGUCGCCCCAGGAGAGGACCUUGAUGGUCGAGACCAUGAGGAGGAGGCAUUGCGCGUACGCGUUUAAUGAUGACGAGCAUGGGAGGUUGAACGUGGAUAAGAUCCCGAUGAUACGAAUCCAUACCGUCCCACAUGAGCCAUGGAACCUGAGGGGCGCGCGGUACCCGAAUCCAGAUGAGGAGAAGAAGGUGGUGGAUUACUUGGAUGGGAAGAUGAGGACGUAUGUGGCGGAUUACUCUAGUGGACCGUAUGCUUCCCCUUGGUUUUGUUUUAUCAAGCCGAACGGAACGCUGCGGUGGGUGCAGGAUCUGCAACGGCUGAAUGCAGUGACGGUGCAGGACGCGGGAGGAUUGCCGAACGCAGACGCCCUGCCAGAAUCAUGCGCAGGAAGGCCUAUAAUUUCACUUAUAGACCUUUACUCUGGGUAUGACCAGUUUCCUGUGUACCCACCGGAUAGGCCAGUGACAGCGAUGCAUACGCCAAGGGGGCUAAUCCACAUGAACGUGGCGCCUCAGGGGUGGACUAAUGCGGUGACGAUGGUGCAAAGGCACAUGGUUAGGGACAUGCAGACGGUUAGUCCACAUAUUACUCAGCCCUACAUUGACGAUUUGGCGGUCAAGGGUCCAAAGGAGAAGGAGGAAGACGAAGUGAUGCCARGAGUGAGGCGGUUCGUCUGGAAGCACGUCCAGGAUAUCGAUCAGGUUUUGGGUCUGCUGGAAGAACACAACCUGAUGGCAAGCGGCACCAAGUCGAAACACUGUAUGAGGGAGGCCACGAUUUUGGGAUUUGUUUGCAACGAGAAGGGGAGGAGGCCAAAUGUGAAGAAGACGGAUAAAAUCCUAGAGUGGCCAGUCCCCUUCCAGUCGAUAACGAACGGCGAAGACCAGGAAAGGGCUGUGGAAAGGAUGAAGAGAGAAUUCAAGGAAGGAGGUUUGGUGCUAGGAGCGCCAAACUACGAGGUCACGGAGGAAAAGCCAUUCGUUGUCGAGACGGACGUUGGGCCAACUGCCUUAGGAGGAGUCCUGAUUCAGGCGGAUGCGGAUGGGAAGGAGAGGCCGUUAAGGUUUGAAAGUCGCACCCUCAAUACGACUGAGAGGAACUACUCCCAGUUUAAGAAGGAGACGUUGGUGGUACUCCACUGCCUAAGGACCUUCUGGAACUAUAUCUUUGGCAGGAGGCUCAUUUUGAGGGUGGACCCUACCGCGCUGGCGUGUUCCCUGAAAAGUUAUACUCCAUCUGACCCAACCACCGCGAGGUGGUUGACUUACAUUUGGAUGUUUAACUUUGAGUUGGAGAGGAUUUCCGGGGACAAGAACACGGCAGAUGGGCUGAGCCGUAUCAACUGGGAUGGGGCGGGCAAAGAGUCAAUUGAGGAUACCCCGCCAGUUGACGGGUUCCUGGAUCAGGAAGAGAAUGUCCGCCUCCACAUAAAUGAAUGGUCGCUGAGGGUGCCUAGCUGCGUCACGCAUCCUAUAUGGCUAGCACCAAGGGGGUACGAGCAGGAGGAAUUGGUCCUCAAGCCUUUCCAGGAGGAAGAUCCGUGGGGGAGUAGGGAUGUUGGCUGGAUGAUGAAGUUGGCGUUGGCAGGGACGCAUGAUCUAGUGGAGGAGGUGAGGACGAUAGAGGAAGGCCCAACCCAGGUAGAGGAGCAUGAGCAACUAAUGGGAGGAAUGUACUUGCUCACCAACACGCUCMURCAGGGGAACUUUGACCAGAGGAGCGCARCCARCUCYGAARARGGCGAACUUCUUAUUCCUGAGAGYCAGGACGACGAGUUCGAAGAGGGAGAGAUCAGGGAGGCCUUCCGUGUUGAGGAGUAUGACGGGAUCUAUCGGGAAUUGGGGUUACUCCUGUCGUGCGAAAUAAGGGAUAGGGACGCUAGUGCUAAAGCCCAGAAGAUGAGGCAUCUCUACGUAGUAAGAGACGGCCAUCUGUUUAUAAAGCGACAGGUUGGGAACCCAAAGAGGAUCGUAUGUGGGAGGAACCGGCAAAUCGAUGUCAUAGCGGCGUUACACGAUGGUAUAGCAGGGGGGCACAGAGGGGUUAGUGCCACAUGCGCAAAGAUAAGUGAGUUAUACCAUUGGGAUGGAAUGCUGACUGUGGUCAUCAAGUACUGCCAAUCCUGUGUGCCCUGCCAACAAAGGUCAUCGCAAAGGCCGGAGGAGCCUCUGCACCCCAGACCGGAGAGGGAAAUGGGUGCAGUCGUACACCUGGACCUAUUGUUCAUGCCAGUUGGGGAGGACGGAAGUAACUAUAUCUUCGACGCACGGGACAACCUUACCGGGUCUGACUUUUCGAAGGCAGUCAUGCAGAGGGGCGGGAGGGACACACGGCCACGCCAGGGGCCCCAGAGGAUGGAGGGAAGAGGCGAGCAGCAUGAGCCGCCUAGGAGGGAGCCUAUGCCUGAGUUUGAUGAUGACAACAUUGAGCUCUUCUUGGACAGGUUGAGAGCUUCCCCUAGGGGGCGUGAUGGCAUGCCCAUUCGAUUGGAGGAGGGGAAUGCAGAUGAGUUCAUCCCCGCAUAUGAGCACUACAUGUUGAGUCUGGGGGUUGCGCGGGAGGAAUGGGUGCAGGCUAUACUUAUCUGGAUGAGGCAGGCAGAGAGGCAGGUGGCCAAGCAGAUUCCGGAGAGGGCUCGAGACUGGGAGGACUGUCAGGCCCAGCUCAGGAGGGCGUUCAGACGGCCACAACACGAAAGGCACGAGCCCAGAGUUGAGAGGCGGCGGCGAAGCAAGAGGCCAAGGGAACCGGCACCGAGAGAGGCGGGACUGGCCAGAGAGAGGAGGGGAGCCCCAGCCCAGCGGGAGGAUGAGCCCGCAGGGCCCACAUUGGCAGAGGAGUCGUUCCCUGCUUGUAGCCUCCGAGCGGUCGAGUUUCGGCGGAUUACGAGCGAGGAGUUGAGGCCGCCCUCGCCACUGCCAUCAACGCAGGAGCUGGACAUACCAAGAGAGACGCCAUUCCGAAGCUUAGCGACUCAUCUCGAUGUAUCCCAAUGGGAGGCCUCACGGCUGGGAGAGGGCUCAGUUGAGCCGGCAUGCUACGUGCCAUUGGAGGAGCCCCUUGACCCCGAGAUGGAGACAGACAUGCGAGACCGAGAGGAGCCGCAGGAUCCUGAGAUGGCAGCCGGGCGGCCAGAUGCGGUGCAACCUCAGGGUAGAGAGGUGAUCACGGUUUGGGGACGAUACCCCUCCAUGCUCCCCAGCUCCAGAGCUAGCACAACGUUCAUGGCCAGAGGGGAUUCCUGAGCCAGGCAGUGAGGAGAUCCCGGAGUUUCCCCCUG